AUGUACGUCCUGCCAAAAUGUAGCGGCAAAACGACCAUCAGUCAGCUCUACAGUAGAGAGGACUGCGGCUACUGCAGAAGUGUGGGUAAGCCUUCCGGAGGACAUGCGAAGACUUCUUGUCCCGAACUGUUCGCCUUGAAACCGUGUACGCUCUGUGGUGCUGAUGGUUACGAGAACCACACACUGAUGCAUUGUCCAUCCCAGCAGAAGAUCAAGCUUGAGUUGAAGGAGGACCACCGAAGACGAAUGGACGCGCGACAAGCUGAGCGAAUUCAGAAGCGCAUUGAACUAGCCACCAACAAACACGGCCGCACUCCUUGUAUGUUGGUGUAG